GACUAGAAAAGGAAUAAAUGAUAUUUUUUCAUCAAACAAAGAUCCAAAAGAUUUACAAGGAAUAUUCUCACAACAUAUCGAUUUUAAUGAAGUUUCAACAGUAUCAUUAGAUCCAUUACCAAACUAUUUACAAAAUGUUAAAGAUUGUCAUAACUACCUUCGAAUUUGGAAUUAA